AUGCCCUUAUCUUUGGCAAAUCCCCCUCUUUUCCGUUUUGCUCGAGGCGGUUUUGAGAUGGGUAACGAGUCCUUUCCCAUUGACGCCGCGCAAGUGGUUGCGGUAUUUAUGGAGAGUGUUUUUUAUGGUAAGUUUCCAUAUUGUGUUCUGUGGGUAUGGCUUGAUGUCUGGCGCUUAGGAAUCUACCUCGUCUCAUUCUUUGCGUGUAUCCGCGUGCUUCUCUGGAUCGAUGGAUGGUUCAAGCCUUUGCAUCUGAUCAACAGGAAAAUGCUCUUCGCGGCUCUUCUCAUGUUCUUGUUUGCCUCGCUUGAUGUCGCCUUUCACUUGCGUCACAAUCUCGAGGCGUUCGUCUACUUUGACGCGCACCCGAUUGAGACGUUUGAGCAGACGUCGAAUUGGAUUAAUGUGAUGAAGAUGGUGUGUUAUGUUGCUCAGACGUUUGUGGGGGAUAGUAUUCUGGUGAGCGCUUACGUUUUGUGGGGUCUUCAGAAAUUGGUUAAUUGUGGUAGUUCCCAUAAUUCUCUGGCUGGGAACUACGGUAUGCGGGAUCAUGACUAUCUACAUUCAAUCCACGAUGGACACCACGGCAGGAAAACUGCUCAAUGCGUCCAGCCUCGUUCCGUUCAUCACGAGCAUGCUAUGCCUGACACUCGCGACAAACCUGCUUACAACUUGUCGAGUGCGGUGCAGAAAUCGCCGUUGACGAGUGUGCUGGUUGUGCUCAUCGAGUCGGGGUUGAUGUAUACGAUGUCAAUUGUUAUUUUGUUCGGGCUUUAUAUGGCGUCGAAUAAUGGACAGUAUGGGGUAUCGAAUGCUGUCGUUCAAAUCAUUGGUAUCACGUUCAACUUGAUUAUCACCAGCGUUGACCGGGGCGAAGCCAUGCAACCGACAUCUGGAGCAGGACGCAUAUCACACUUGACACCACAGGAAUCGCAGGGCGGCGUGCCGCUUCACAUGAUCAAUAUCCAGACUACAGUCUCCCGCUUCCCCGACUCUGAUCUGGAUGUCACGCCUACAAAGUCGAAUGGCGAGAUUGAUGUCGAGAAUGGGUCGAGCAAGCGGGGAUGGUCGGCGGAGACACAUGGCUGA